GCUUCGUAAGCCCAUUCGUGCUUUGAGAGUCCACUGGCCGGUGCUUCGUAUGAAUGAUUGGGUGCAAUACUUGAUUGCUCACAAGCCAGGGCUCUUGUUGGCUGGCCAUGACAUUGGCGGCGAUUGGCAGCGGACCUUCACUGAGUUCUGGGCUGGCUACAAAGAAGUGGACGGUUCGCACCCUGUCUUUCGUGAAGGGUUCGAUUUGGGCGGAUGCAUUCCGUACCAUCUCCAUGGAGAUGAGGGGCGUGGGCAGUUGAAGAUGUUGGCGGCACCAAACUCAGAUUGGUAUGCUGCGGCGCCAAAGGAGAUUGGCCGCUGCCAUGACCCCAAGUACAUAUUGUUGGAUUUUCUUCACAUCUACCACAUCGGGUAUGGCAUGGACGCAGCUGCCUCAUCUAUAGUGCUUUUGUGUAACCGUGGCCAUUUUGGCAAUGCUCGCAAGUUGGAUGACAACUUGGCUGAAGCCUAUGUGGACCCCCAUGAUCGGCUUUUGCAGCUGGACUUUUACAUGAUCAAGUGCGCCAAUGCAUUCUUCCAAGUGCUGCGGAAGGAAGGUGUCCUGCUGAAGGGCAACAUCUGCACCAUUGCCCGCACGGCUGGCCAUGAGAUGAAUGUGGCCUACGCAGCUCUUGCCAGUGAGACCCACCGUGCUGGCAUGCAGCUCUUCAAGUACAGGCCCAAAUACCACCUUGGAGUCCACAUUCCUUUGGACAUCCAGUACCCCACUGCCCUGAACCCAUGGU